AUGGCGGACUGCGCUUCACUAUUAGAUGAGGAACUCUCUUCCUUUGUCUUCAAUUACCUGACAGAAAACUCCGGCAGCCAGUAUGGGGAGGAGGAGGUGUGUUCGGACCGUCUGGACACUUACUUCCCCGACAUUGACCUCUCCCAGCUUGACGCCAGUGACUUUGACAGCGUCAACUGUCUCAGCGAGCUGCACUGGUGCAACGACCAGCCGACGGACGGUUCACCCGCCUCCAUUCACUACAGCACAGCCGACGAGCUCUUUGAGAUAGAAGAGGAGAAUGCGGCUCUGCUCGCUGCCCUAACUGACAGUCUAGACGGCAUGGUGGAUGCUGAGGUGGGCGGACUCUCAGUCUUCCCCACCCUGGAGGAGGAGGAGCCCGACCAGGAAGAAGAAGACGAUGAGGAUCUUCCUCUAAACACAGGAGACUUCAGCCAAUCUCUGGGGUCAGAGACAGAGGACCUGUCUCUGUUGAAGAAGCUGCUGCUGACGCCUCCCAACGUGCCCAUGGGCAUCGACACGCACAAAGACGGCAGCCACGGCCAUCGCCAUAGCAACAGGAGCCUCCACCUGAAGCCGAUCAGGCCUUUGGUCAAGAGUGACAUCCCUCAGGAGCGAAAGCCACGAGCGGUGCGUCCUAUAGGCCGCCUGUGCACCGAGCUCCACCGGCAUCUCACCACCGCCCAGGACACAGAGGACAACGGCGUCCCCGACACAGAGGAGGACGAAGAAGAAGAUGAGGAGGAAGACGACAGUGAAUCAGAGGAGGAGGAGGAGGAGGAAGGGGAAGAGGAGGAGGAGGAGGAAGAGUCUUCCAGCAGUGAGGGGGAGAGUGCAGGGGCCAUGGCCCCUGCAGAGCCAGCCGAACCUCAGUUCAGCUCGGAGAAAGAACUCCACUCUGUGGUUGAGCUCAUCAGGUACAUGCACACCUACUGUCUACCCACGCGCAAGCAGCAAAGCUGGGAGCGCAAGGAACGCGAGCUCCUUGGCUUGACGCGCAACAGGGCCAAGCAGGAGGCCCCCCGCCCAGCCGCACAGAACUCUCACAGCAAGGUUAUCCUGGUCGGUGGCCUGGGGACCAGCGGGGGUGCCGCAGUUGCCGGGGGACUGGCUGGGACAGGCAGCAGCACCCCAAGGAGGCUCCCAUUUGCCAGGAGGAGGGAGAUGAAAGCCAACUCGUUACUUCGCGAACUUCUGGAGCAGAGCAGCUCCUUUGAUGUGAGCAAGCCUUACAGACUGCACAGCCCACCCUAUGCCCACUCCCAAAGCCCCCACCGAGCAGCCCCUGCUCCCUCUGCCCUCACUAAGCCGGCCCAUGUUGGUCCGCCGAACUCUGCAACCUCCCCGGCCAGCCGGCCAGCCAAGCCAGAACUUGGCGAUGACUCAUCUCCCUGCUCCCCAGAGAGGAGAACCUUCGGCGCCACUUCCUCCGAAGCACCGCAGAGCCCUGAGGAGAUUGUGGAUGAUGGCGGCUCUUUCUCAGUCCGGCGCUCCCGACGCCUGGCCUCUUUCCCCAGCCGCUUCGCCAAGAGGCUGCGGCCCGGAAGGGCAAGAGGAUAUGAGGGAAAGGGGGAGGAUAAAGAGAGGAGGGUGGAGGAAGGUAGAGCACAGGUCAAAAUCCUGCCCACCCAGGCUGGCGGGGGGACCACCACGGAGCCUUUGGCCGGGGAGCUGACCCCGAAUGAAGGAGGCCCCAGCCAGGUCAUGGCAGAGCCGACCAAGCCCUGCUGUCACAACGAAAAGCGAGCCUGCCUUUGCCUGCCACUGAAUCCCAAGUCUGCAGGAGAGCCUCAGUUCGGCACCAAGCCAUUUGAGCAGACCCUGAGUGUGGACCUGUGUGGAACAGCAGGUCUGACUCCGCCCACCACCCCGCCUCACAAACCUGUGGAGGAAGAGCUCUUUAAGCCGACAGAGGCAGGGAAGGGAGGAGGAGGAGAGUCCCCCCACCCCACCCCCACCCCGGCCACCAACAACAACAGCAACACCACCAAGGGCUCCUCCUGGCUGAGCCGCUCCCACCACCGGAAGCUUCCAGAGCAGACAGAGCUGUAUGCCCAGUUGCGUCGCAUGGGCCAGACUGGGAUGGAGGGCGAGAGCCUGUUGGCCCGGGGAGGUGCGGUGGUUCACCGCACCUUUGGUGACCACGACUACUGCGCGCUGAGCCUCGGAGAGAGCCGCAAGCGCAGCGCCGCCAUGCUGGGCGCUAUCCUCCGGUCGCGAGAAGGAGCAGAGGAAGAGCUGGCCAAGAGAGGCCAAGGGGCAGAGAGGGCACCAGGGAGUGGGGAGUUGGACGACCAGGAGCAGCCGGCGCUAUCAGAGAAGGUUCUGGAACAACUGCACCAACAGCAGACAGAGAUCGUGUCGUCUUCACCAGAGCACGACCGCCGAUUGGCUGCGGCCACGCCGCCGGCCUCGGAGGAGGAGGCCGAGCGUUCAUCUGCGUCUCGCUCACCCUCCCCAACCCUCCACUCCCCUGACUCCCCCACCAGCAAGACAGACUCCAGUGAGAACUCAGAGAGCUGUCCAGAGGACAAGCAGAGGAACAAAGCCAAGUCAGACGAGGACAACUGCCAGGUGUUGUACAUCCAUAACCUGCCGACCAGCAUGACCCAGAACAUGCUGAGGAAACGCUUCCAGGUCUUCGGCAGUGCAGAGGACUGCAAGGUCAUCAUACACAACGAGGAACGCUGUGGUGUGAUUAAGAUACGCCAGGCAGGGAUUCAGAGACACUGGAGAGAACGUGAGACGCUGUUCCAGAACGGAGCCAGGAGGGUGACCAGGAAGCGCUACAUAGACCUGGAUGAGGCAGGCCCGGGGCCUGUCAAGAGCAAGUACGAUGCACUGGACUUUGACACUCUCCUGAAGGAGGCCCAGAAGUCCCUGCAUCGCUGACAGCCCCUCCUCCCCCUUUACUGGCCCCGCCUUAGUACACUAAAGCAACACCCCUCCAACAUCACGGCCCCGCCCCAGACAGGCCUCUUGAGUACCUCCAUGCAAGGCGACCUCACAAGAUGUUUACAUUUUUGACGUUAGAAUAAAGUAACGAAAAGGACCUUGUUGAUUUUUCUUUUUUCCUUUCACCGGAGGACACUGCUAAAAACGAGGAAGCCAAGAAGAUUAUGGAGGAGGUUAAAGACAAUGGAGGAAAUCAGACUUUUUAACAGCAAUGGUACAACCAGAACAACUGCAACGACAACGAGUCCUCUGUUGAACAAUAUAACAACGAAGCUGCUUCCUGUCUGUGUUGGUGACGUCAGCACACCCUGCCUCGACGAGGAGGGGGUGCGAGAGACCUCUGUAGCAAAAACACCUUUUUGCUAUUCCCUCGUUACGUCAGUCGUCGUGAUGUGUGUGUGUCUCUGCGAAUGUGUGUUAUUUGUUUUGUUUCUGUUUGUUUUUGUAAAAAAUUAAAAAAAAACUUACAAAAAAAAACAAA